GUAAACAAAUGUCAAAAUGCACAUUUCUGUUGAUUAAAUAAAAUAAUGCUAUGAAAAUAAUAACGUAGAAAAAGUUUCAUGACUUAAACAUCAAAAUGGAUAAUACACUAGAAUCAAAAAAUGUGUACUUAUCAUCCUUAGUGUCUGGAGGGGUAGCAGGGCUUGUAGUAGACAUUGCUCUAUUUCCUCUAGAUACAUUAAAAACUCGAUUACAAAGUCCAAAAGGUUUCAUCAAAUCUGGUGGUUUCAGAGGCAUAUAUCAUGGUUUGGGGCCAGCCGCUAUAGGAAGUGCUCCAUCAGCGGCUCUAUUUUUCUGUACGUAUGAAAGCUUCAAACAUUUGGCAUCGCCUUAUGUAUCAUCAUCUACGGCUCCUUUAAUUCACAUGGCUGGGGCAUCUGUUGCAGAAGUGGUGGCCUGCUUAGUAAGAGUUCCAGUAGAAGUAGUUAAGCAAAGAAAACAAACAGCAGGUAUAAACAGAUCAUCCAUCGCUAUCUUAAAAUCAGCAUACAGGAUAGAAGGCUUCCUAGAUGGUAUUUAUCGUGGUUUUGGAUCCACAAUAUUAAGAGAAAUACCAUUUUCUUUCAUACAAUUUCCUCUUUGGGAAUAUUUUAAGAAGCUCUAUGUUGAAUUAUCAGGAAGUCCAUUGAAUCCAUUAAAAGUUUCAUUAUGUGGAGCACUUGCAGGAGGAAUUGCAGCUGCUGCUACGACACCAUUAGAUGUGGUAAAGACCAGAAUUAUGUUAGCAGAACUAAGCUCUUCAAAAGUCAAUUUGAAAAUAUUAUCGGUACUUAAAAAUAUUUACAGGGAAAAUGGUAUUUCAGGAUUAUUUGCUGGCAUUGUUCCAAGAGUUUUAUGGAUAACAAUAGGUGGUGCAAUAUUUUUUGGUUCAUAUGAUCUCAGUAAAAGAAUGUUUGAAAUGUAUCACACAGAACCAACUUAGAAAUGUUGCAAUUAUGAAAGGAGUGAAAAUGUAGACAUAGAAUAUUUU